AUGUCAGCUGCCCGUCUUUCGUCCAUAUCCGCCCAAACUCUUUCAGCUCUCCUCGAACGAACCCGCCUUCGGGAGCUGGGAAAGACCCCCCCGUCAUCACAACUUAGUAAUAUUAAGAGAAAUUUGGAGGUACUUAGACUUGGUAUACUUCAGCUCGAACAAAAUCAGGAAGGAGAGAACGCCGCAGCCAAUGCCCUUAGGGGACAAUGGGAGAGAGCAAAAAGAAUGCUCGGGGAAGACGCAAGUGGCAUACCUGAUCUUCCUCCACCCCAGCAACAGCACACCCACCCGUCUCCGACGGUACAAUUGCGUGACGCGAUGUCUGGUAGCGAUCCCGUCGCCACCCCGUACCGGGAUGACCCUCUAGAGGCGCCAACGCCCGAGUUGAACUCGGUGGAGGAGGUUCAAGCACAAAGACAGAUGAUGGACGACCAAGAUACCCAGCUUGAAUCGCUAUCGCACUCCAUACGGCGUCAACAGGAGCUUUCUGAACAGAUAGGAGAGGAGUUGGAUGUUCAUCAUGGUCUUUUAGAGGACCUUGAGGCAGGUAUAGAUAGGACGACAUUGGGUCUAGGAAGCGCAAGAAGGAGACUAGGCCAUUUUGCGCGAGGCGCUAGGGAAAAUUGUUCUGCAUUCACCAUAGGGACUCUCAUAGUUUUGCUACUUAUGCUAAUAAUCAUCAUCAAGACAUAG